AUGGAUAUCUCAACCUGCUCUGACCUCGAGGAGGUAAAACUCAUUUUAUCAGACUUCGAUUACACCUUCCUUGAUUCUAACCAUAAUGUGUCUGAGGCAAAUGCGGCGGCUUUCGGCGAAGUCGCGGCAGCAGGUGUCAUAGCGGCUAUUGCCAGUGGGCGCUCUAGAGGGGGAACACUCUCUUGUCUCUCUCCAGCUUACAAAGAGCUGAUGAAGUACAAUGGGUUUCCUGGAGUAUUCCUAAAUGGAGGCGUGGUGUAUGGGCAGGACGGAAAAAUCCUCUCAUGUACCGAAAUACCCCUUCCCGCUCAGGCAGUGUUGCUGGACAAGAUGAAAGAAAUGGGGAUCCUGCAAAACAUCUUGGGAUAUACCGCCGACCGUGUCCUCUGCAUCGAGCGGAACGACAAAACUGAUAAGAGCCACGUCGUGUACAAAGAGCCCGCCCCGGAAGUGCUGUCUUACGAAGAGUUCGCCGCAACGAGGUUCGUGAAAUUGGUGGCUUGCGGGACCCCCGAGUCCACAGAUAAGGCGCGACCCAUCCUGGAGAAGGCUGUGGGUCAGCAACUGCGCUGCGUACGCCCCCUCGACUGGAAUCUCGAAUUUAUAAACCCGAAUGUUUCGAAAGCGGUGGGCGCCCAGGUGCUUUUGACGCACCUGAACCUGACUCCGAGUCAACUGUUGGCGAUGGGAGACGGCGAAAACGACAUACAAGUGUUGGGAUUGGCGGGGGUCUCCGUUGCAGUAGCGAACGCAUGCCCAGCAGCGAAAGACGCUGCAAAGUAUACAACAGUCAGCAACGACGAAAACGCCUUCCGAGUCGUCGCCGACCUGCUGUUGAAGGCGCGCGAAAAGGUUUUCUCUAGUGUUGCCGCCUACAAUGAGGGAAAUGCGUGA